CCUGAAAAGGAUAUAUUCCUUUGGGGCUUCGACUUCUUUACUUUCUUUCUCCCUCGUUAAGAGAUUAGGGUUCUUGAUUUCUCCUGAAUCAAUCUGCCAAUUACUUGGCAGAGGACUCUCUGCUGUGAUUUUACCCGCUCGCCAUCGUCAGCUGUGGCGUUUCAUUCACUGCAGAACCUCGGUGAUUCUUAUCCGGCUUCUCAGCGCCAUCUCGUUUUAAUUAUAAGCGUUGAAUUCAGUUUCUCUUCUCCGAUUGAUUGGUUCGCCGGAUAAAACCUAGAAGUCUGGGGCAGAAGCUUCUUCGUGUGAUUCUGUGGUGAAAAAAUGGCAACACUAGCAGAUUCUUUCCUUGCAGACCUUGAAGAAUUAUCUGACAAUGAGCUUGAAACUAUCGAAGAAGAAGAUGGCGAUGUGGCCAACAUGGAAGAAGAUGUUGACGGGGAUUUGGCAGACAUCGAAGCUCUCAAUUAUGACGAUCUGGAUUCCGUGUCGAAACUCCAGAAGACACAGAGAUACAAUGAUAUCAUGCAGAAAGUAGAAGAAUCAAUGGUGAAAGGUUCUUUCACCACAGACGAGGGGAUGGUCUUGGAAGAUGAUCCUGAAUACCAGCUGAUUGUGGAUUGUAAUGCGUUGUCCGUGGACAUUGAGAAUGAGAUUGUUAUUAUCCACAAUUUUAUUCGUGAGAAGUAUCGGUUGAAGUUCCCUGAGCUGGAGUCGCUUGUGCACCAUCCGAUUGACUAUGCUCGUGUGGUGAAGCGAAUUGCUAAUGAGAUGGAUUUGACACUCGUUGAUUUAGAAGGCCUUCUGCCCUCGGCUAUCAUUAUGGUUGUUUCAGUGACUGCAUCAACCACAAGUGGUAAACCUCUUCCCGAGGAUGUGCUCCAAAAGACUAUUGAUGCAUGUGAUCGAGCUCUCACUCUGGAUUCUUCAAAGAAAAAGGUUCUUGAUUUUGUGGAGAGUAGAAUGGGGUACAUUGCACCAAAUCUUUCAGCUAUUGUUGGGAGUGCUGUGGCAGCAAAGCUAAUGGGCACCGCUGGUGGUCUCUCUUCGCUGGCCAAGAUGCCUGCUUGUAAUGUUCAACUUCUUGGAGCCAAAAAGAAAAACCUUGCAGGCUUUUCUACUGCAACAUCUCAAUUUCGUGUGGGCUAUAUUGAGCAAACUGAGAUAUUUCAGAGCACACCACCAUCACUGAGGAUGCGUGCUUGCCGAUUGUUGGCUUCUAAAUCUACUCUUGCAGCCCGUGUAGAUUCCACCAGAGGAGACCCUUCUGGAAGUGUUGGAAGAAAACUGCGUGAAGAAGUUAGCAAAAAAAUUGAGAAGUGGCAAGAGCCGCCUCCUGCCAAGCAGCCUAAGCCACUUCCAGUUCCUGAUUCCGAGCCUAAGAAAAAGAGAGGAGGGCGUCGUCUUAGGAAGAUGAAGGAGAGAUAUGCAGUGACAGACAUGCGGAAGCUUGCUAACAGGAUGCAGUUUGGGAUUCCUGAAGAGAGUUCUCUAGGCGAUGGGCUAGGUGAAGGAUAUGGAAUGCUUGGUCAGGCUGGAAGUGGAAAGCUUCGAGUAGCAGCUGGGCAGAGCAAGCUCGCCGCAAAAGUUGCUAAGAAAUUCAAGGAGAGGCAGUUUGGUAGCGGUGGUGCUACUUCCGGGCUGACAUCGAGCCUGGCAUUCACUCCAGUGCAGGGGAUCGAGCUGAGCAAUCCACAAGCUCAUGCACAUCAACUGGGCAGUGGAAUCCAAAGUACCUACUUCUCCGAAACCGGCACGUUUUCGAGGAUCAAGAGGACAUGACAUGCACCGAGGCGCUGGAUAUCAACGUUCACAAUGUGUAAGAUGGAUAGGAGGCUGGGCCUGAGCCUGAGAAACUUGACAUCUAUCUUUUUGGAGGAAUACAAUGACUACCUUUCUUCCUAAGGAUUGAGAUAUAAUGAAGUUGAAACUUGAAAUGGUUUUAUUUCACGAGCCGCAACAGGCAAGACGGAACUAUGUGCUGGCCCAGCAUGACGAAUUUUACGGGGCGUACGGGGUCUGGGAUCUGUUGUUUCUUUUUUGAUCGUUUUUAUUAUGAAAACAAAAAGUGAAAAAAGGUUUCUUGAUAUGCAAAUUAAGUGUACGUGCUAACUCGUUGCUCAAUUGGCUUUUGGACUGUCCGUAUGUCGCCAUGAGUAGGAGUGUAGGGUAGGGAAUUAUCAAACGGGUAAAUUGCAAGUUUGAUCGCUAGAAUUACUAUACAAGUUUACCACAGUGAUCUAGGCAGACCACAUCCCAUAAGCUAAUAAACUCCUCAUCCUUGAUGCUCCACGAUCACAUUAGAGUGGUUACAAUACUCAGAUUAUGAUUCAAUUAUGCUUUAUUGAGUUGUUUUCCCCCAAUCUCAAUAUUUUUUCUUGUUUUUUUCCUAAUGAUUGAUCAUUGAUUGAUUUAGCCUAAGUAUGACAAGAACAUUCACUUAUAUAUUAUAGAUAAGCAAUGUAAGAAAACUAAUUUCCUAAGAUAUUUUUCAUGGUUAAUUGCAUGGUUGGUCACUGAGAUUAUAAAAAACGUUCAAGUUUGGUCACUUGAAAUAUUUAAAUCCAUUGGUGGUACUUCAGUUUAUUGAAACCUUUCACGUUUGGUCAUUCUCCGUCCAACUCCGUUAACUUUUGCGUACGUGGCGGUCAACUCAAAAAGUUGACCGUUAAAUGUGUGACAUGGUAAUUUAAAAAUAAUAAUUUUAAUAAAAUUAAAAAAAUUAAAAUUGUAAUCUCAUUUCCACCUCAUUAUCACUUUUAUUUAAAAAAACCCUAAUUUCUUCUAAUUCCCAAUACCAUGGUUCAUAGGUAAGAAACCAACUUUAACUAACAAGACGCGUUUUGGGGUGAAAUGGAGGAGUUCUUGUGAGAACUGUGAAGUUAAAGGUGCUCAGCGUGGAGCACUAAAAGGAUGGGUGACCUCAUUUUGGAAAUCUUGGCCCAAAACCGACAAUAUCUUUUGUUUAGUGUGACCAGGUGAACAAAUUUAAGACAUUCAAAAUAUGGAAAAUAAAUUUGUUGUAUAUAUAUGUCAUUUUAAUAUGUUUAGACUAUCGUAUGUCUGGAGCACGCUAAAUUUAUCGUACGCUCAUUCUCAUUGAGUAUUUCUAUUUAGAUAAUGAAUUAACUGGUUUUUGGAAAUUAUACUAUAACCUAGCCUCGGGUAAAAUAUCUCGUGUGUCACUUAAGUUUGAGAAUUGGGGUAGACAUACAACUUAAGUUUGAAUAGGGCGUCGGGUACCACUGAACUCUAUUAUAUGUGCACCAAGUACUACUUAAGUUUACAGCUAAGUGCAUUCCGUUAAAGUUGACAGAAUAUUCUUGGAAUAUUCCGAUUUCUAAAUUUUAUAAUUGAUCCUUCUACUUUUCUUAUUGUAAGAAUAUCAUUUGGACUUAUAAAAAACGUUAUUUUUUAUUGUUUAGCUAGAAUCCUCUUUUGAAUACUUGAUACCAAACCAAUUUUUGAAAAUUUAGAAUAAAUUAUCAUUAUUUUG